CCCCGGAGCCUCUCUCAGCGGUCCUUCUGACUGUGAAUGUGAGGGGAGCUCAUUAACAGGCUGUGACUCCUCAACAUAGUGUUACCUGAGGAAACGUCCCAAACCCCGAUCAGGACCACGAUCAAAUGGCUGCUUCUCAGAUCAUUGGCUUUUGCAUGGGAGCUUUAACUAAUCAGGCUGUGAUGCCUUCACGCUGUCACAAUCCAUCACCAGGAGGUUGCAUGCGUGUGGAGCCGUGGAGGCGGAUCCCGAUGUCGCGGCAAGGGACCGUUGAACUUCAGGGAUGUGGCCAUACAUUUCUCUCAGGAGGAGUGGGAAUAUCUGGACCCAGCUCAGCGGAAAUUGUACCUGGAGGUGAUGGUGGAGAACUGCAGCAACCUGGCCUCCCUGGGCACUUGUUCAAGAGGCUUCAAAAGAGGGAGAUCAUUGAACAUGGACUUCCCUCAUACCUCUCUCUCUCCAGGGAAGAAACUGGUAUGUCAUCGGAAGAUGAUCAGGCCUUUAUUCCAAAGCCUGGAAUAGAAGAUUUAUUCUCUGAAAUAAUACUGAGUACAUAUAAUGGAGAGAGCAGUUAUCAAUGGAUUGAACAUUGGAAAAAUUUUAAGCAAGAAUCAUAUCUUAAUCAUCAGUGGAGAAGGGUGCUUGCAGAGGACCAUUAUAAAAGUGGAAAAGUCAUUGACCAAAUGUCCAAUCCCAAUACACAUCAGGUUAUUCUUAUUGUGGAGAAGACACACAAAGGAAGUAAAUGUGUCCAGUCUUUUCAGCAGUCUUCAAAUUACCAUGAACAAGAGAAUAUUCAUUCAGGGGAGGAGGCUGACAACUGGAAUCCUUGUGCUAGAAUGUCCAGUCAAAUAUUCAAUCUAAAUAAAAUGGAAAAAAUCCGUAAUGGAGAAAAAUCUUAUAAAUGUAAAGAUUCUGGUAAAAUAUCUAAUUGGUCUUCAGGUUGUAUUCCAAGUCAGAAAAUUCAUACUGGAAAGAAGCCUUAUAAAUGUGUAGAAUGUGGCCAAGUCUUUAGAUGGUCCUCAGAACUUACUCUGCAUAAGAGAGUUCAUACUGGAGAGAAGCCUUAUAAAUGUAGAGAAUGGGGCAAAGCCUUUACAAGAUCUUCACACCUUACUAUACAUCAGAGAGUUCAUACUGGAGAGAAGCCUUUUAAAUGUGGAGAAUGUGGCAAAGCCUAUAGAUGGUCCUCACAGCUUACUACGCAUCAGAGAGUUCAUACUGGAAAGAAGCCUUAUAAAUGUGGAGAAUGUGGCAAAGUCUUUAGAAGGUCCUCAGAACUUACUCUGCAUAAGAGAGUUCAUACUGGAGAGAAGCCUUAUAAAUGUAGAGAAUGUGGCAAAGCCUUUACAAGGUCUUCACACCUUACUAGGCAUCAGAGAGUUCAUACUGGAGAGGAGCCUCAAAAAUGUGGAGAAUGUGGCAAAGCCUAUAGAUCGUACUCACACCUCACUAUGCAUCAGAGAGUUCAUACUGUUGAGAAGCCUUAUAAGUGUGGAGAAUGUGGCAAAGCCUAUAGAUGGUACUCACACCUCACUACACAUCAGAGAGUUCAUACGGGAGAGAAGCCUUAUAAAUGUGGAGAAUGUGGCAAAGUCUUUAGAAGGUCCUCAGAACUUACUGCACAUAAGAGAGUUCAUACUGGAGAGAAGCCUUAUAAAUGCAGAGAAUGUGGCAAAGCCUUUACAACGUCCUCACACCGUACUAGGCAUCAAAGAGUUCAUACUGGAGGGAAUCCUUAUAAAUGUGGAGAAUGUGGCAAAGCCUUUAGAAUACCCUCAGAACUUACUACACAUCAGAAAGUUCAUACUGGAGAGAAGCUUUAUAAAUGUGGAGAAUAUGGCAAAGUCUAGAUGCUCCCCAGAACUUAGUCCGCAUAACAGAGUUCAUACUGGAGAGAAGCCGAGGAUAUGAAAAAGGACCAACUAGAAAUUAAGCAUACACUGACUGAAAUAAAGAAUAAUAUACAGAGAUCCAACAGCAGACAAGAGGAUCCCAAGA